AUGUUUGGACUGGGGAUUAUUGAGGUUGUUAAGAAUGAGGAAUUCCAACUCCAAACUAUCUCGGCUCAUCUCAAAGACAAUGCGGGGUUGCUGAUUAUCAAUGAGGUCGGAUUGGAUUGGUCGCUGGAGUGGACCGAGGCUGCGGAUGUUCUCCGAUGCGGGGAACGCCAUCUCCAUGGUUAUCGCAGCACGCAAAGGGAAGGGUUCAGUGGUAAGAUUGGAAUGAGGAAUGCGUUUAUGCAAUACGUAUAG